CUUGGGCCUGUUGGAGAUGAAAAAGAAGAGCAGCUGGAUAAGCUUUUUCAGUGUUUGUUGAUAUCAAUAACGAUGUUAUGUUACAAGGCCACGUGAAAUGUUUCAAAGCACACAAUAUGCAUAACUUCGAAGACAGAAAAGGCUCAAACAUUUCAAGCCAACAACCAAGAAGUUGGCAUCACAAGUCGGGCUUAAAUUGACCAUUCGUUUGUUUAGUAAGUGCAGUAGGCCUAAUUUUGCUCAUGAUAAUUGUGAUUUCAAAUGUUUAUAUGGCUUCAUAUGUACGAUGGCGUUAAUUUAAAUGUUACAGGAAAAAAAAAAAAAAAAACUCACAUUCAUUGGAGUCCAGUCCAGCCAAAGAGCAGCUCGCCCCACAAAAUCGCCUGAGCCAAAUGCUGCUUCACCAUUUUUGCUUUGGACUCUUCGGUCCACGAUCUGUUCCGAUUCUGCACAUCUUCAAGCUCAACUGGCUUUAUACGUCAUACUCCAAAACCUGGAGUGAUUCGUAGAGCAGUCGCACCAGGGCGGGAGCCAGAAAUUGGACAUGUUCGGCCCUCCAGUACUUGAAAAUUCCUCCGUUGUGAAGCUCAACAGAUACCGAAGGACCUGAUUAUAAGCCUCACCCAGUACAUUUGGAAAGGGAAUACCAUUUGGCGGACGAAAGCGGCGCCCGACCGAAGGCCGCGCGCAAGUAAGCGCUCGCCUCCGGAACACGCGGCUGGCCCUGCCCCCGCGGCGACGGACGAGGGCCUUUUCCUUGGCGCGCCGCGGCCGGAUGGAGGCCGCGACCCUGGCGAGCGAUCUGGAAAGUCGCCUGAAGCGGAGCGAAGUGACGCUCGCCAUGGCGCUCGGCGUCGACGCCGCGCUCAGGGCGCUGCUGGCUAAGACGGAGGACGCCCACGCCGUCGCCAAGCGGCAGCUGCGGGCCGAGACCUGGAUGCGCUUGGACCUGGAGAAGCGCUGCCAGUCGCUCAGCCGGGAGUUGAAGUCCACCAAGGACCAGUUUGAGGUUCGGGAGUCCCGGCGCAGACACGAGCAGAGAAUCGUGGAGGUGGACUCGGGUGCCAGACAGGACUACGAGUUCAAACCGGCACAAGCUUUGCAGGACCUGAGGAAGCAGCACGAUGAGCAGGUCUCGCUGUACAAGGAGGAACUGGAGCAGACCUUCCAGGCCAAGCUGGACAACGCCAAGGUGUCGUCUGCGAUGAACGACAAGGCCGUGUGCACGGCCAGGGAAGAACUUCAGGAGUCCCGAAUGAGAAUCGAGGCUCUGGGCUACCAGCUGAGCGCCCUGCAGAAACAAGCGGCGGCCGCCGAGGACCGCGUCCGCGAGCUGGAGGAGAUCCUGUCGGCGGACCGGGACAAGCACCGGCGCGCGAUGGAGGCCAAGGACCGCGAGAUGAACGACCUGCGCCAGCGCAUGAACGCGCAGCUCUCCGAGUACCAGGAGCUCCUGGAUGUCAAGCUCACGCUGGACAUGGAGAUCAACGCCUACAGGAAGCUCCUGGAGGGGGAAGAGCAGCGUAGGCUGAAGUUUGCUCCCGACGCCACUUCCCGCAUCGCCGUUUCCAGGGUGACGGGCUCGUCCUCGUCCUCGUCGUCCUCGUCCUCCCGCGCCUCCGUCACCAAGCCGGCGAAAGGGCAGGCCGGCAAGUUGCUCCUGCGCUCCGCUAAACACGCCGUCACCAUCGCGCCCGUCCGCACGGACCGAAACUUUAUCACCUUGGUGUGGUCUGCAGACGCGGCCGCGGCCCAGAGGCCGCCCUCUCAUCUCCCGUUGAACGCAGGAUAGGAAGUGACAUCACCGGCCGCUCGGCCGACUGAUGGCGAGGUAACGAGGGCCCUGCGUCCAGCGACGGCGAAUUUGAUGUAGAAAUGUGAUUAGUAAAUCACUGUUAUGUGUACCCUCGCAUAUUUGUGAUGGGCUACUCGCUGAUUUACAUAUUUGGAGUUUGUUGGAGGACACACGGAACUUACCUGCCGUUCUGCGCCAAGAAACUAUGUUGAAGUGAUGCGAGUCCAAUUUAGGCACGCACGGCAUAUUAAAAAGUAGCAGUACUACAAUAUCUUGCCAUUCAAAAUGACACGAGGCACACUUAUUUUUGGGGAACCCUUCAUUAAGAGUUACAAGAGACGCAAAAGAAUUUGACGAGAGAGGACCCCCCCCCCCCCAUAUUCUUAAUUUGAGCAGUGGCGCAAUUGUCAGAAUUGUCGCUCUCGUGUGUCCCAGCAGGCCGAAGGUCGCCUUCUUGUGGCACCUCACGGACGCGGUUCGUUCUCUUUCCUUUCGUCGGUCUUGGUGGCUCAUCAACAUAGAAACAACGUUUGAUGUAAUCCAGAACUUGGAAAGUUGCCAUUUUAAUAUCGUGAGCCCGUUAUAAGAAUGGACUUUUCAAUAUAAACCCCGGCUUGAGACUUGCAUUUUCGUUGUGCUUCUCAUGUUGCUAUUUUUUUUCUUCUCAUUUUGUUUCAAAUGGGUUGAGGAUAUCAGGUUAUGGAUUCAAAUUACAGGCUCUCAACCUGGUUUAUGUUUGAAUCCUGUUGUAAUUUCCACGUUUUCAUAAACAGCUGCGAUUUGACCUAUUUGCAGAUUUUGGGGAGAACCCCUGCUGCCCCCUUUCUUUGGGUGAUUGUGUUUGAAACCUGAUCUCGUAUUUAUUCCUUUUUCAUUGCUCAAAAGGUUAAUUUUUGCUCUUGGCAGUCGGACCGGGUCCCUCCAGAGUGCGAAUAUCAGGCGUUUCCACCGCUUAGAGGAAAACAUACAAACUUUGUUUUAUAACUCUUUCAUUUUGCACAAAUUUGCCCUUUGCCUUUGCAAGGAC